CAUAGAAGUUGUCGUUAGGGACACUGGAUCACUAGAACUAAUUUCUGCUAGCCUUGUGAACCUGCUCACUGAGGAGACUACAAUAUCAAAGGAUUACAAUUUGAGUUUACAGAUGGAUGAAUUGAAAUGGAACGGGAACCUUGAUGACCUUUAUGAAUUAGAUGCAAACUACUCUGAUAAAAACUACAGUUGUUGUAAGGGGGGUGAUGUGUGCGACCUAGAAGAGGGCAUGCAUUUUGAGGCGAUGUUCAUCCCAGUUCUGUACUCUGUGGCAUUUGUUGUGGGUGUCCUGGGGAACGGAGUGCUGCUGGGAGUUCUGCUUCAGAGCAGGAGGACCUGGAGUGUGACAGACACCUUCAUUCUCCAUCUGGGUGUGGCAGAUGUCCUGCUGCUGGUGACACUACCCCUCUGGGCUGCACAGUCCGCUCAACAUACAGGAUGGACCUUUGGAACCCCUCUCUGUAAGAUCACUGGAGCUGUUUUUACGAUCAACUUCUACUGUGGGAUCUUUCUGCUGGCCUGCAUCAGUCUGGACCGGUACCUGUCUAUUGUCCAUGCCACCCAAAUGUAUUCCCGCAGAAAGCCCUGGGUCGUUCAGGUCAGCUGCUUGGUAGUGUGGCUCUUCUCCCUGUUCCUUUCAAUCCCAGACUGGAUCUUUCUGGAUGCAGUGAAGGAUGACAGACGACAAAAAACAGAGUGCAUUCCCAACUACUUUGCCUUCAACUCUGAGUCAGUACAUGACUGGAGGCUGGCGUCACGCCUGCUCUACCACACGGUGGGUUUCCUGCUGCCUUCAGCUGUCUUGAUCUUCUGCUACUCCUGCAUCCUGCGGCGGCUGCGGUGUGGCUCCCAGGGCCUCCAAAAGCAGAAAGCUUUUAAGGUCAUUGUGGCUGUGGUGGUGGUUUUCUUUCUCUGCUGGACACCAUACAACAUUACACUCAUGAUGGACACUCUUCAUUCCAACAACACCAGCGGGGACUGCGGAGUCAGAACAAUUCUGGAGAAAGCCAAGAUAGUCACCUCCUCCAUCGGUUACCUCCACUGCAGCCUCAAUCCCAUCCUGUAUGCCUUUGUGGGUGUGAAGUUCCGGCGUCAGCUCCUGGACAUCCUGAGGUCUCUGGGCUGUAAGCUUAAGACAACGGCUAAAGUGCAAUCUGUUGGUACCAGCAGGAGAAGCUCCAUUUGGUCUGAGUCUGCUGAUACCUCCAACUCCAUUGCUAUCUGAGACACAAACAUAUUAACAACCACAAGUACAAGCUUACAAACUUACUUAAACUGACAGAAAGACAGAGACAUGAGCAGCUAGGGGUAAAAUGUGAUUCUGUAAACAUGUUUUGUUAUUUUAAAAGGUGCUCUAAACGAUGUUGGGUGACGUUACUUGUUGUUGAAGUUAGUACAAUUUUCAAACAAAACAAGACGAGCUUGCC